AUGCGGAAAAAACAGGAGCAUCCACAGCAUCUCAAAAAGCCUAAAGGCAGGCUGUAUUCUAGAGAAGCAUUGUCCAAAGCCUACCACCAAUGCAAUGUGAAUAAGAUGCCUGUGAAAAGAGCAGCUGCCAUUUACAAGGUGCCUGUAACAACUUUAAGGGACAGGGUACUAGGCAAAGUAGAUCAUGAAACAGCAGUUCAUGGAAAAACACCAAUAUUUUCCAAAGAGGAAGAGCUUAAGUUAAAAAAUCACUUUAAAUUGAUGGCAAGUCUUGGAUAUGGCUAUACCCGUUCAGAAUGUGUUGACAUUGCUGCUGAUUUUGCAUUUCAGCUAGGUAAAAGAACAAAAGAUAGGCCAUUAACAAUUAAAUGGAUCAGAGGUUUUUUGAGAAGAUGGCCUGAACUUAGAGUUCUAAAGCCAAGGGGGUUAGAAUAUGCCCGUGCUAGAAAGGCAUCAGAAGCUGUUGUCCAGCAGUACUUUGCAAAUUUAAAGAAUACUCUUGAAGAACAUGACUUUCUACAUAACCCCCACCUGAUCUAUAAUAUCGAUGAGAAAGGGCUUACCAUUGAUCACAAGUCCCCACAUAUAGUAGCCAGCGGUGAUUACUGUCCAGUUGCUGUUACCUCUGGUAAAGGGAAAACCGUCACUUUGAUAGGAGGUGCAAGUGCAUGUCGUGAAGGACAGAAGUUGCUGGUUUUGCUUGAUGGUCACCGGUCUCAUGUUUCAGUUGGUUUGUGUGAGUGGGCUAGGGAUCACGGAAUUGUAUUAUUUAUUUUGCCUGCCCACACCUCGCACAUACUUCAGCCAUUGGAUGUUUCCUGUUACGGGCCUUUCCAGCGAAUGUAUGACGCUGCAUGCCACAAGCUGAUGAGGCAGACAACAUCUGUAAUCAGUAGGUACAAUGUUUGUGAAAUAGCAUGCAAAGUCUAUUCCAAAGCACUUUCCACAGACAAUGUGCAGUCUGGUUUCAAGAAGACAGGCAUAUGUCCCUUCAAUUCAGAUGCUGUUCCUCAUGAGUACCUGAUACCAGCAGAAGUGUAUCAAGAAUCAAGCAAUGCAUUAGAUCACUGCAGCCAAGAUACUGUGCCUGGAGGCAUCAUUGAUCAAGGCAGCCAAGAUACCUUACCUGGAGGUAUCAUCAUUGACCAUGUAUCACCACAGCAAGAGGAUCUCUUCAGGCAGAAGGAGAAAAAGCUUAGAGAAGUGAAAAGUAAAGAAAAGAAAACACGUAACACUAUUAGUAAAGUUGUGUCAGGUCGAGAAAUCACAGAUAGUAUUUUGAACAAACUGAAAGAUCAUGAAUCUGAGCAAAAUGUCCGACCCAAGAAAACAAAACAGGAAACUUUGAAAUCAAACAGUAUGAAUCCGAAGAAACAAGAAAAGCGCAGUUACAACACCCCUGAGCCUCAGCCAGGUCCAUCGCAUAUUAAUAUUCAAGACAGCGAUGAAGAAACAUCAUCAGACAGCGACAAAGAGGAAGAUAAGUGUUGUGUGUGCAAAAAAUUCUCCCCUUCAGAAGUGUCAAGAAGUAUUUCAUUGAUCUUCGUGAAAUGGGCUCAGUGUGACGGCUUAAGAAAUGGCCAGCCGUGCAAGCAUUGGGUCCACUUAACAUACUGCACACCAGUGAGAGUUGUCAGAAGAGGUGAUCACUUUUACUGCACACACUGUAAAAAAGAAGAAUAA